AUGAAUUUGUUUUACAAUACCAAUACGACAAGAACAUUCCUUUGGUCACGUGGCACUCCUACUAUUAAAUUUGUUUUUGGACAAUUUUGCUCUUUUUAUCUUCCUCGCUCACAUGCAGGCCGUGGCCCAAGCAGGAAAGGGAAAGCUAUCGUCUCUUACAUGACACGUCUCCUAACGGCACAGAAAUAGUGAAAACACAUCGGAAGAAUCUCUCUGUGUGCCCCCCUCCCAAUGGCAAGCUUCAUUCCUCUUCGGAAGAAGAACCGCUACGCGAUUGUAACUAUUUCCGUCGUUUUCUUCUUUCUCAUGAGCAUACCAUUUUUCAGCAAACGAGCUCUUGAACCCACUCUCCAUUUCUACACAGAUCUUUACCAUUCUCAGCCCCACUCUGUCCAUCCCCCAAUAAUUGUUGAUGAUGUUUUCGAGGCUGACACAGGUGGGUUUGAGCCAUCUGAUCCACAACCCACUUGGCAGAUUUCAAAAAAGGGCUCAGUCGAUUUUGGGUUCAUUAACAGUGGCGGCAAUGACGAGGUUUCUGUAGAAGAGAAGACAAAGCCCUUGUACAAAUCGCAAUUUGUUACCGACCCAGGAGGGUUGGAGCCGUCAAUUCAAGAACCUAUUUCGCAGAUUUCUGAGAACGAGUCGUUCGAUUCUGGGUUCAAUGGCAGCGUGGUUUCUGUUGAAGAUAAGACAAAACCCAUAAAAGAACCGGAAUUUGUUAAUGACCCAGGAGGGUUGGAGACGUCAAUUCAAGAACCCAUUUCGCAGAUUUCUGAAAACGACUCGGUGGAUCCUGGGACCAAUGGCAGCGAGGUUGCUGUGGAAGAGAAUACACGCCCUAUUAUUGAUAAUGAAACUUCGGUUAAAAUAGUUGAUAAUGGCGGGAAAAAUUGUGAUUUAUAUAUGGGAACAUGGGUGAAGGAUGAAGAAUAUCCAAUUUACAGCCCGGGUUCUUGCCCAUAUGUUGAUGAGGCUUUUAGCUGCCAAGGUAAUGGGAGAUCAGACUCCAAGUAUCUGAAGUGGCGAUGGAAGCCAGAUGGGUGUGAUCUUCCGAGGUUUAAUGCAACAGACUUCUUGGUGAGACUUAGAGGUAAGAGGCUGAUGCUGGUUGGAGACUCCAUGAACCGGAAUCAGUUUGAGUCACUCUUAUGCCUCCUCCAUGAAGGACUGCCUGAUAAGAGUAGAAUGUAUGAGAUCCAUGGCCACAAGAUAACCAAGGGAAGAGGCUACUUUGUCUUCAACUUUGCGGACUAUAACUGUACAGUUGAGUUUGUGAGAUCACACUUCCUUGUGAGGGAAGGAACCCGCAUCAAUGGGCAGGGAAACUCAAAUCCAACUCUAUCAAUAGAUCGAAUUGACAAGUCAGCUGGCCGAUGGAAGCGGGCGGACAUUCUUGUCUUCAAUACUGGACACUGGUGGACUCAUGGCAAGACUGCUAGGGGGAAAAAUUACUAUAAAGAAGGUGAUGUUGUUUAUCCCAAGUUUGAUGCAGUUGAAGCUUAUAGAAGAUCCCUGAGAACCUGGGGAAGGUGGAUUGAUAAAAAUGUGAAUCCAGCCAAGCAGUUGGUCUUCUAUCGUGGAUAUUCAUCUGCCCAUUUCAGAGGUGGAGACUGGGACUCAGGCGGUGCAUGUAAUGGGGAGACUGAACCGAUCUUGAGUGGGGCCUUCCUCAAUAACUACCCUUUGAAGAUGAAGAUAGUAGAGGAGGUGAUCCAGGAAAUGCAGGUUCCAGUCAUACUAUUAAACGUGACAAGGCUGACCAAUUUCCGCAAAGAUGGCCACCCAUCCGUAUAUGGAAAGAACAUUACAGAAGGGAAAAGGGUUUCUACCAGGAAGCAAGAUUGCAGCCAUUGGUGCCUCCCUGGGGUCCCUGAUGCAUGGAAUGAGCUGAUUUACACCAUCAUUCAUCAAUCAUCCUCUACCAGCUAAAUCCAAAUCAAGUUAUUUUUUAUUUUCAUCUUUUGGAAAGAAUUUUUUUUUUUUGUUAUGCUGAUAUGUAUAUCUCCAUGCCACACAGAAUCGUAUCCUAAAAAUGAAGUUCUGUAAUUUGGGAAUCAUGUAAUUGUAAUGCUGCAAAAGAAUUUUGGUUUCUGAA